AUGGGUAUGACAAAAAAGUUAUAAUUAAAAAUUCAAAACCGAUUUUUCAGAGCAAUGUCCAAAAUACGUUGUCAAUUUUCCGCUCGAAAACGAAACCAGUGGAACUUGGCCUACAGAGUCAUUGAGCGAGCUUGAACCGUUGGAUGAGGAUUCGAAAUGUUUUUUGAAAGUGAGAAAAAAAAUAUAGAUCUUGACUGUAAAUCCUAAAUUUAGUUCCAACUGCCUCCGUUCACAAUCGUGUACCACACAUUCAACAUUUCGAACAUUUCAAACGGAACGCUUUUUUAUGAUAGCCGACUUCAUGGUGGAAACUCGCUCCUACGUAAUCAUAAAAGGUAGAUUUUAUAGUGGACUUUCCCGACUUGUAAGCCAACAUGGAUAUAGUCUGUUCAGAUUUUCAAUGUCAAGUCGUCGCUCAAGCUCCGCCCAUAAUGGUGCGAUGAACCAAUCAGAGAGCGAGCCAUCCACAGAGCGUUUUUGAAUGACGUCAUUCUACUUGACAUUCAAAAUCUGAACAGACUAUAUCUAUAGAUUGGCGAGGGUGGCGCGCUGCGUAUGCGACGCGGUUUUAGGCGGGAAACUUGAAGUCAAACGCGUGGUUAAAAUGUAGUUGAACACAUAUAAGUAUAGAAAUGAUAAGGAACGUAAUUUUUUCUACACUUUUUUCAUGAUUGCGCUUGACCUCAAGUCCCCCGACAAAAAGCCGCGUCGCACACGCAACACUUCACUCUUAUUAAUCCACUCUUUUUUUCUACUACACUAGGUAUUCACCAAAAUAUUUUCAUUUUCUAGAUUAUCUGGCACCGCUGUCAAACAGUUCAUUUCUUCAAACGAUGUGGCGAUAAUAAUUUCCUCACUUUCACAAAAUGAUUCGGCAUUUUCCCUGUCUUACAAUUACCAUACAGGUGAGGGAGUUUUUGUCAGAUCAAUUCAAAAAACUUAAAAAGGAGAAAGAAGAGUCCGUUUUCGAAAGCACGCUCUAAUUUUCUAUUUAAAACACAUCCAUCGAAAAGUCAUUUCUUCGAAUUUCACCUUUUAUUCGAGUUUUAUUGCCUGAAAGUAUGGCGACUGGAAGACUCAAAAAAUCGGUCAAAGGCGAAAAGAAAUAAAUAAUUUAGAGUAAGCCUCCUAAAUCAACCGGAAAAUAUUCAUUGUUUUGUGAAAACGCAAAAAUUACAUUCUCAAAGCGACUUUUUUGCAAAUAACGCGCUCUUCUCAUCAGAAAAUGUCGAAAAAAAAGAUUAUUUCAGCGCCAACUCCAACCGAAAACAUCUCAAUUGGCAUGGGAGAUUACAAGCAAUUGAACUUUAACACGAGAAACACUGACGAAUCGACGAAAAUAAACUCGGAGGACACCAAAAACUUCCAUACGAUUGUGUUCUUAGCUUACUACGAUCAAGAUUCUUGGGACUAUGGAUCUUCAGACUGCCUGGCUUUCUUCGAUCAGAGGGAAAAACUGACAUCGUUAGUACUAAUUUCUUUUUUGAUAGUAAGAAAAGUGAAAGAGCCAAAUAAACGCUGGAAAAUCAGGCAAAAGCUGGAAAAUGAGAAACGUGUAAUCACACUUUUUGCGCUCGCUAAACCGAAGUCUCUCAAUCGAAAAAUUUACAUUGGCCAUGAUAAGUGCUAUACUAACUCGUUGUAUAGUCCGUGUGUCAAGACUUGGAAUUUCACCGAACGACAUUCCGCUGUUCCGCUGCGUCGCGAAGCGUCUUUACCAGCCUCAGUCUCGUUUUGAAUUGGUUCUCAUUUCUGAUAGAUGGACUGUUCACUAGGAACGCGUGUUGGUCAAGUUCUUAAAUAAAAUUAAAAUAAUUAAAGGCAAGCAGCGGAACAGCGGAAUGUCGUUCGGUGAAAUUCCAAGUCGUGGUACACAGACUUUCUAAUUAAUAUUUGAAUCCAACUUCGAUAAUACAAUAAUUUUCCCCUGAUUUUUGCUCCUAUCAAGUCUAGAUUUUCAUCCCAAAUUGAUUUCAGUGGGAAUUAUAUUGUGGGCAGAGAUUCUGGCCUUUGGAUCACUAAUGCAACUGAAAUCACGAUGUUCUAUUCGCCGGUCCCCGGAUUUCGUUCAAUCAUCGGCUUUUAUGGGUAUAAAGGUAAGUAAAUUUAAAUAGAAAUGACAAAAUAAUAUUAUUUUGAGCACCAAGGAAUGCUCAAGCUCAAUGGCCCCAAUACAAGGCGAAAGCUUGGGAGGCAAAAAGCUAUGGAAUGAACUCGGCAACUGAGCAAAUCUACGUGUUCAUGCGCGAAGAUGCUUCAAAUGUUGGCAUAAUUUCAAAUAUCACAUCAAAAAAUGAUGUGAGUCAUUUUCUAAAUUCAACAAGGAACUUUCCGGAAUUUAGACGGAUAGUGUUAUUGAAGUCUACGAAGGCAUUGCUGAAGUUUACCAAAACGAGAUUGUUAUUGGAAAGUUAGUGGCUCGAUUCAAGUAAGAUAAAGGGGAAAAGUUUUAUUACUUUUUUUUUAAAGCGCCACCACAGAGGCUCCAACAACGCUUCCAGGCUUGACAUACACGUUUUACGUCGUCAAAGGUGCGAACUAGAUGACUGUUUAAAAAAAAACUGUUUUUAAAACUGUUUAUUGCAUCUUCAAUGUAAGAAUACAUGUGCAAUCGACUUUCAUUGAUUUUAACUGUGUUUAAACGGCGGCAGGAGCUGUGGCUUAGGCAGAGAAGUUGUGAAUUUUGCUCGUAGAACAUCAAGUACAAGAGAGGUCGUAGGAAGAAGUACGGUGCCAGCUUUCCAAAGGCCGGUGGCAGAGAUUGAGUACCUUCGAAACCUACGACCUCGCGGACGUUAGAAAUGAGUCUUACCAGCUGAGCUAUGACGACUAGAAGACUAUUUAAAUUUAAAAAAAUGUUUGAAGUGAGAAAAAUCUUCCGAAAUUUGAUAGAUUUCAAGUCUAAAAAUUGAGAAAAGAGUCUUUUUUUUUUGAUUCCCAAUAGGCCAGAAAACUUUUCAUUCAAAAUCAAUUCACAAAUCCUUUUCUCGAUUCACUUAUUUUUCAAAUUUUUUAUGCGAAAUACCCGAAAAAAAGACCACUUUUCCAGGCACCGUCGCAUUUGACCUCUCCGAAGUUCCCGACCAAAGUUUGGUUGCUUCAACGACUACAGAAAACGCUCCAGUUUCUGUGACAUCACCGGAACCCGAAAAACCAGUCGGAAAACCAGGCGCAGGCAACCUAACUAUAGAAUUAGCACCCAAAACCGACGGAUAUUUCCUGAAAAUCAGUUCCUUGUGGGGAUCUUUGGGUUUCAGAAUCAAUUGA